AUGAAGCCAGUUUGGUCUUACCUGAAGCAAAGCCGUUUGGGUAUCUUUUGGUUCUUUUAUGCAAAAGUGGUGCAAAUGAAGAGAGAUGGUGGAGAUGGCUAUCCAAUGCGUUUCUCCUGGAGGAAUGAUGAUGCUGAAGGUGGUAGUGCGUUUUUGGCUCCUAAUUUGGGGCUUAUUUCUAUUGCAUGAAAACGAACGCAGAUAUUUAGCUCUUCAUCACAGGGUUUAACUAGGGUUCUUCCAAAAUCCCAAUCCCCACGUCCAAACAUGACGGUUGCUCAAUUAAUUCUACGAUCUCUUCGCCGUCCCACAUCUCUCCGAAUCACCACCACCGCCGCCGCCUUCAACCUCCAGUCCCUAUCUCUCCAGUCUCCAACAACAAACCCUAACUUCCUAAUCCCUGUUAGAACCUUUGCCUUUACUUCAGCAGAGGAAGCCGCCGCCGAACGCCGUCGUCGCAAACGUCGCCUCCGUAUUGAGCCCCCACUCCACGCCCUCCAACGCGAUCCAAAUGCCCCACGCCCUAGACGCGACCCUAACCAACCUGAUACUACAUCUGCCCUCGUUGGACCUCGACUCAGCCUCCACAACCGCGUCCAAUCGUUAAUCCGAGCCGGAGACCUCGAAAACGCCUCUGUUGUUGCUCGACAAUCGGUUUUCUCCAGCACACGUCCCACUGUUUUCACCUGCAACGCGAUCAUUGGCUCUAUGUAUCGCGCCAAGCGGUAUUUGGAUGCCAUAGCUCUUUUUGCCUAUUUUUUCAAGCAAUCUAACAUAGUUCCUAAUGUUGUUUCCUACAAUUUCUUGAUCGUCUCUCACUGUGAAAACGGAGAAGUUGAUAAAGCCCUGGAAGUCUACCAACACAUUAAGGACAAUGCUCCCUUUAGCCCAUCUGCAGUUACUUUUCGUCAUUUAACCAAGGGUUUAAUUGAUGCUGGGCGUAUUGAUGAAGCAGUGAACUUGCUAUGGAAAAUGGUGAACGAUGGCCACGGGGCUGACUCUAUUGUCUUCAAACAACAUCAUAUCUGGCUUUCUCAAUUUGGAUAA